GGGCGCAUGGAGCUGCUGUGCGGGGAGGGGGUGGUCCGGGCCAAGCGGGACCCGCAGCUGUUGAGCAACCGGCGCGUGCUGCGGAACCUGCUCCGGCAGGAGGAGCGCUACAGCCCCAACGUCGCUUACUUCCAGUGCGUGCAGAAAGAGAUCCAGCCCUCCAUGCGGAAGAUGUUGGCUUUCUGGAUGCUGGAGGUUUGUGAAGAACAAAAGUGCGAAGAGGAAGUUUUCCCCUUGGCCAUGAAUUAUGUGGAUCGCUACCUGUCUUGUGUCCCCACUCGCAAAAACCACUUGCAGCUUUUGGGUGCUGUCUGUAUGCUUCUGGCCUCCAAGUUGCGAGACACCAUGCCACUGACUGUGAAGAAACUCUGCAUUUAUACAGACAAUUCUAUCACACAAUGCCAAGUUUUGGACUGGGAGGUUUUAGUCCUAGAGAAGCUAAAGUGGGACCUGUUGUCGGUGAUAGCAAACGACUUCCUGGAUCAUAUUCUCCAGCGGCUCCCACUUCCCCAGAAUAAAAUAGACUUGGUGAAGAAACACGCACAGACUUUCAUUGCAUUGUGUGUUACAGAUUACACUUUUGCUAUGUAUCCACCAUCUAUGAUUGCCACGGGUAGUAUCGGAGCAGCAGUCCAUGGUCUCUCUGCUUCAUCUGAUUGUAUUUCUGGUGAGGAGCUUACAGAACUGCUUGCUAGCAGUACUGGCACGGAGGUGGACUGCCUGAAAGCUUGUCAGGAGCAGAUUGAGGCUGCCUUAGCAGAGAACCUGAAACAGCCCUCCCAGCAUCAACAGGAAUACAAUCCUGACAAGAAUUCAGUUUACCAAGACAGCCAGGAAGUCAUCUUGACCAACAACACUCCUACAGAUGUCACAGACAUCAACCUGUGACCAACUUCUCCCAGCAAGUAGACCUUCACGAAAGAGGCUUGAAACGUUUUGCACAUGAUCAAGGAAGUACGUGGGGAAAGGAGUACGUAGUCCCAAAUAAAAGUGGCAUUGGAGGGGUUUAGAUGAAUUAAAUGGGUCUCAAAAGGGAAUUGUCAUCUUGUAUUUAGGACUGUCCUAGGCUCAGGGGUGCUGUCU